AUGGACUAUUCAGGUGAAUUUGUAUUUCCGCCAUUUGACGAACUCCCUCGAGUCGAUGGCCAACCAGUCGGCUGCCUUUGGGGAUUUUUUGAUCAAGAUGAGAAAAAGGAUGAACUCGGAACUCUCAAUCUCCUAACCUCAACUGUUGUCAAAGCCGCAGCCGCCGAAAUCCAGCUGGGAAAACAUGUUCAGCUCGACUGGGCUAUGAACCAUCUCGAUUACCCCGGGUUUGGACGAUUUCGUUGUGAGCAUAUUAUCAAAGACUUGGGAGAGAAGGGUCUUGUUGCAUUUGAUGAUGAGCUGCGAAUUAAUACGCAGACAAGCUCGCAGUGGGAUGGGCUUAAGCACCUCCGAUGGUGGGAACACAAAAACCCAGACAAAGAGCCCCCCUCUGCGAUAAGCACGCAUAAAAUCCCAGUCUCCGAGGUCGAAGAGGUUCUCCGCUAUCAAGGGACAGAGUGUCGACAAGGGGAUAUUUUCAUCAUGCGGACUGGAAUGAUUAAGUGGCACGAAGAAGCAUCAGUCGAGACACGAAUCCACGGAACACGAGAUAAUCACAAUUUGAUCGGUCUCGAAAACAGUAUGGAAAGUAUACGAUGGCUCUACUCCAAGCAUUUUGCUGCUGUCGCCGGUGAUGCCCAGGGAUUUGAAGCAUGGCCGUUUCCAUCUGACUUUUGCUUGCAUGAGUGGCUCUUGGUGCACUGGGGGACCCCCAUUGGCGAACUAUGGAAUCUCGAGGGUCUCAGUCAAGCUUGUGCAGAGUCGAAUCGGUGGAGUUUCUUCUUCACCAGUGCACCACUCAAUGUCGAGGGUGGUGUGGCUGCACCCCCGUCUGCGAUAGCUGUUUUAUAG